ACUCGAGAUCUACAAGAAACGACAAUUAGAGCUUUUUAUACGAUUUAUAUAUACUUCACACAAAAACGUAUUCUACUUACUGCACGAGUAAAAAAAGAAAGAUUAUUUGAUUGCGCCGAAACAGAUGACACCUGCCUUAUCGAACCUUCUUCACUCAAGCACAAAGUGUAAACAAACGAAAAACGUAAUGACCAACGCUCUUUCUUCGAUAAAUGAAUGAAUAAAAAUGAAUGGCAGAAAAAAAAAUAAGCGUACGUUCACGAGAGAAACGAUACGAUAAACAGAGGACGAAGAGAAAUAAUGUAGAAAGAAAAAAAUAUCAGUACGAGUAAGAAUAACUUGAGAAUAUCCCAUUGGUUAUACAAUAAUGAUCGUUUUGCGCAGAUCGAGUCAAUGCGGCAGAAAAAUCAGAUCAAUGCGAUUAUUUUACAUGAAAGGGUAAUUGGGCCUGGAUCCUAAUCAAGACAAUUAGAAAGAGAGAGAAAUAGAGAGAAAGAUAGAGAGAGAGAGAGAGAGAGAGAGAGAGAGAGAGAGAGAAAAUGAGUGACAUGAUCACUUUAGGUACUUCACUACAAAGGAAGGAAGGAAUGAAAAUGAACGAACGUACUGCGGUGCGUAUACGCGUUAGAACACGAGUACAAGAGAAAAAGAGAGAAAGAAAGAGAGAAAGAGAGAGAGAGAGAGAAAGAGAACCGUUUUGGUAGUUUUGAUUACGUCGACGCACGGUCGACCUAACCUCAAAACAAGCGUCUUCUAUUCUUUUUUUAUGUCGUUCUUCUCGAAAUAGAUAUAUAAUCGAGAAAUUUGUAAAAAACGAAACAAAAGAAAAGAAAGGAAGGCGAUGAACCUUCUCUCGAGUAGCUAAAUUGUACAUGAAAAAGACAAAGAAGAAAAGAAGAAAAGAGGAAGGGAAAGAAAGACAGAAUGAGAGAAAGAGAGAGAAAGAAAAAGAAAGAAAGAAAGAGAGAGAGAAAGAGAGAGAGAGAGAGAGAGAACGAAAAAUAGAAAGGAAAGAGAAAAAGAAAAAGAAUGAAAGAACGAGGGAUAGAGAUAGAGAAAGAGAGAGAAAGAAAGAAAGAAAGAAAGAAAGAAAUAAAGGUCGUGGGGUUAGUUUAAAACGAGGAACGAGAACCCGUGACAGGUUGACACACGUCAAAUGUCCAAAUCAAUGGCUCGUAGAGAGAUCGCUAUCGAUGCCGAAAAGAGUCAAGAUCAUAAGUAGUAUGGUAGAGAAAUGGUAGCUGUGGUGGAUAGUGGCAACACACUACUUUUUUUUAACGCGUUCUCAAAGAAAAGAAGAAGGCCUCUCUCGCGUUCGUAGUGUAUGUAUACGCGUGUACAUACACGUAUGUGGUUACACAGGUAGAGAAGGAGAGACUGGGAACGCGUAAGGUGUAUAUUAGUUGAGUGAGAGAGAAGGAGAGACUCACCGCUGUGUCCGGUGUUGCUCGACGACUGGCCCAUUAUUAUUGUCGCACCUUGGACGAUGUGAGGCACGAUGAGAGGCACGAGGCGAUGCUCCACUGUCCUCCGAAACCCGAACUCACGUGAACUUCUCGAAGAGACAUGGAAGCGAGAAAGACCGACACAUUUUUUUCCUCGUUCGAAACAAUAAUACACAGAGUCACAUUGUGCUGGUGUGGUGGUCGUUGUAAACCGUGCGCGGUGUGUCGCUACGGCAGAGGAGACGUGCACCAGCCUCCUUUCCCUUCCCUCCCAACCGCCAAUCUUUCUCUCUCUCGCUCAUUCGCUCUCUCUUUCUCUUUCUCUCUCUCUCUCUCUCUCUUCUCCUACAUUUCUCUCUCUCUUUCUCUCUCUUCCCCUACAUUUCUAUCUUUCUUUCUCUCUCUCUCUCUCUCUCUCUCUCUCUCUCUUUCUCUACACCUCUCUUUCUCUCUCUCUCUCUCACGCCGUCGAAAGGUGAUUGGCCCGCGACGCUGCGCGCGCAUGCGCGACCCGCGACAAUUCAAACCUCCUUUUCUAUCUUUAUCUCUUACGGCGCCUGCGGAGUUUUACACGAAUUAUCAACUUCCUCGAAUGAAUCUACCGCACCUUCCCGCGAUUCUUUUUUAUCGUAUUGUCGAAACAAUUAGAUUAUUUUUAUUAUUUAUAUCUAACAUUGUAAAAAUACGUAAUAAAGUAUAAAUCGGAUUCCAUUAACUUCGUAUAUAGCUAUGUUCAUUAUAACUGUAUUCAUUUUUUAUUUCUACGAAAUCUAGAUGGAUUCUAUCGGUCUUACGAAGAAAUACCGACAUCCUCCCUCCCACGUGUUUCCAUUUCUACUAGAUCGCUGUCUCCUUUCAGUAAAUCAUAAACUGCACCCAGAAUUCGCGUGCCGCAUGAUCGUCGUCGUCAUCGUCGUCGUCGUAGUUGUAGUCGUAAUCGUUGUCAUAGUCGUUGUCAUCGUUCUCGUUCGUUCUUUACUAAAACACUAUCACGCGAUUACUUCGCGAAAAAGUAAUUUGAAUAAAUCGAACAACUGGUUCAAUUUUUGCUUUUGAAACGUUUCUUCUUGUUGUUGAAAGAUAUUCGACGAACCGCUAACGAUCUCCGAAGAUACACGUCUAGUCCGUGUCCCUUUGCCCUGAAAUUCCUUCGAGAUUUGCCAGGAUAAAGGGGGAUAUAAUGAGGUGCGACGCAAGGAAGAUGAUAAUCGAUCCGUUAUGAAGUUAUAAAUCUUCGAAGAAGAGAUCGAGCUCUAACAACGGUCCGAGGCUACGAUAUAUAUAUUCCCUUGGCAACGUCGUGGCAAAACAUUACGUCAGUAGUAAGGAAGUGCAAUACAUCAAGGAACGUUGUCGAGGCCUAUACUUCUUCGUAGAAGAUCUCUCUAUGGAUCUAAUAAGUAAGAAUAAGUUCAAUCGUAGACGGUGGAUCGUAAAACGAUUUUGAAAAGUAGUAUAGAUCCAACAAAUUUUUUUUCAAUCGAUAUCGAUCCUGUCAUGAGCGUCGGCGAAGACCUUCAUCGACGACUUUUUCAACUGUCCAACAGCUGAUGAAGAUCCGUAGAAUUUUUCAUGAAGCUAAUAGUACUUUCCUUUCAAAGGAAAAUGAAUCGGGAAUGUUCUUCGAUUCUUUGCAUUCUCAUGUUACUAAUGGUUCUUCUUCAAAGAGCUUGGGCUAUUGAUUGUUUUAAAUGUGUCUCAAUCGACGGUGAUAACAAACCCUGUGACGAUCCCUUUCACAAUAAUGGCAGUCUUGCCUUUUUGGAGUCACCUUGUUUGGGUGGUCGCAAAGGUCGAGACGGUCUGUUUCCUGCGACCGCUUGUAUAAAAAUAGCUGGGAUAUAUGACGAAUCCGGUGUUUCACUUACUGUCAGAAGCUGUGCGUUGGAUAGCGGAACUCUGACAACGGAUUCUGAGAUCAUAAGAAUGUCUCAUUGCGGUGGUUUCUAUUUCGACGAUAAAUACGUUCGGGGUUGUGUUCAAUCAUGUAAUGACGCAGAUGCAUGUAACGGGACUAAUCGGAUCAAAGAAACAUCUUUGAUCAUCUUAAUAUUAUUUAUUUUUUUCGGACUCGUUUGAGCGAGACGAAUUCAAUCUAAAGUACAAUUAUAUCAGUCAAUGAGGAAAAGACAUACCUAAUUAUGUUUGAUCAUUUUCUGAACACAAAUAACGAGAACUGCCACAUUACGAUAUUUUUAACCGACCGUCGCUUUACAUCGAACAAAAUCGAAUAAUCUUUUGAAUAAUUUUGUAAGCUUAUACCUUACGACAUGUAAUAACAUAACUUUGCGAUCCCAUUUAGGCUUUUCACCAUUGCUACAAUUUUUUAUCUUCAUUCUAAAAUGUAAAAUCGAUAGUUCGUAAACGAAGAACAUACAAUUGUCAUAAUCAAUUUGUAUAUCUUAAUUAUAUCGUCAAAGAAAUAAACUAUUACUCG